GAGAGAGAGAGAGGGAGAGAGGAGGGCUUGGCCAUGGCGAUGGCGAUGGCGGCGGCGGCCAUGGAGGGGGUAUGGGCGGCGCUGCCGCUCGUGGCGGCGGGGCUGGGCGCGGCGGCGGCGGCGGUGAUCGUCGGCCACUGCAUUACGGCGUGGCUGGCGACGCCGCGCCGCGUCGCGGAGGUGUUCCGGAGGCAGGGGAUCGACGGCCCGCCGCCGUCGUCGUUCCUGGCGGGGAACCUCCCGGAGAUGAAGGCGAGGGUGGCCGCCGCGGCGGCCGCGGCGGAUGGGGAGGAGGCAGCCGGCGGCGGCGGCGGCGUCGUCGUCGCCGGCCGGGACUUCGAGAAGGACGGCUUCGACGACUACUGCACCAGGAUCUUCCCCUACUUCCACAAGUGGAGGAAAGCCUACGGUGAGACGUACCUGUACUGGCUGCGGCGGCGGCCGGCGCUGUACGUGACGGACCCGGAGCUCAUCGGCGAGAUCGGGCGGUGCGUGUCGCUGGACAUGGGAAAGCCCAAGUACCUGCAGAAGGGCCAGGAGCCGCUCUUCGGCGGCGGCGUGCUCAAGGCCAAUGGCGCGUGCUGGGCGCGGCAGCGCAGGGUCAUCGCGCCGGAGUUCUACAUGGCCCGCGUCAGGAGCAUGGUCCAGAUCAUGGUCGACGCCGCCCAGCCGCUGGUAGCGACGUGGGAGGCGAGGGUCGACGGCGCGGCCACGGCCGGGGGAGGCGCGGCGGAGGUCGUCGUGGAUGGCGACCUCCGGAGCUUCUCCUUCGACGUGAUAUCCAGGGCAUGCUUUGGGAGCGACUACUCGAGGGGGAGGGAGAUCUUCCUCCGCCUCCGGGAGCUCUCCGGCCUCAUGUCGGAGACCAGCGUCAUCUUCAGCAUACCGUCGCUGAGGCACCUGCCGACGGUGAAGAACCGGAGGAUAUGGCGGCUCACGGGGGAGAUCCGGUCGCUGAUCAUGGAGCUGGUCAGGGAGCGGAGGGACGCGGCCGCGGCGGCGAGGGAGCACGGCGGGAAGACGCCGCCGGAGCGCGACUUCCUCGGGUCCAUCAUCGAGAACAGCGGCGAGCAGCCGCGGCCGGACGACUUCGUGGUGGACAACUGCAAGAACAUCUACUUCGCCGGGCACGAGACGAGCGCGGUCACGGCGACCUGGUGCCUCAUGCUGCUCGCGGCGCACCCGGAGUGGCAGGACCGCGCGCGCGCCGAGGUGCUCGAGGUCUGCGGCGGCGCCGGCCGCGCCGCCGCGCCGGACUUCGACAUGGUGUCCCGGAUGCGGACGGUCGGCAUGGUGGUGCAGGAGACGCUGCGGCUGUUCCCGCCGUCGUCGUUCGUGGUGCGGGAGACGUUCCGCGACAUGCAGCUGGGGCGGCUGCUCGCCCCCAAGGGCACCUACCUCUUCGUGCCGGUCUCCACCAUGCACCACGACGCCGCCGCCUGGGGCCCCACGGCGAGGCUGUUCGACCCGUCCCGCUUCCGCGGCGGCGUCGCGGCCGCCUGCAAGCACCCGCAGGCGUCGUUCAUGCCGUUCGGCCUCGGCGCGCGCACCUGCCUCGGCCAGAACCUCGCCCUCGUCGAGGUCAAGACGCUCGUCGCCGUCGUCCUCGCCCGAUUCGCCUUCACCCUCUCGCCGGAGUACAUCCACUCCCCGGCGUUCCGGCUCAUCAUCGAGCCGGAGUUCGGCCUCCGCCUCCGCAUCCGCCGCGCCGCCACGACGCAACCUCGCACACCAGCUGCACCCAAUGCAUAGCCCUCAGAGAAUAGCUUGGCUUCUGUACACACCAACAGCUAGUACAAUACAUGAACUGAAAAAAUCACACACACACAUACAGAAGAGAAAAUUACUACCAUUUACCAGCAUACAUCCAUGGACCAUGGCUUAUCAAAACAAUUUGCAAACUAUAAUUAUUAAUUAACAUGAUGAUACACAGUACAAAA